AUGUCCAGUAGCUUCCUGUCGUCCUUUCUGGGCGCUCUGCAAGCCAGUCUUUCGGUACUACUUGUCAUCCUCUACGGCGUGAUCGCAAGCCAGUACAAACUACUGGACGGGCCUUCAGCGAAAAAGAUAUCGGCUGCGUGCGUGCGCUUGUUUUUGCCUGCGCUCCUCAUAACCAAAGUCGGUAGUGAAUUGGAGGCGGGCACGGGGACACGCUAUGUUCCAAUCCUGAUCUGGGCCGUACUAUAUUCUCUGGUCUCGAUCGGUAUCGGGUUACUCGCAGUCAAGUUCCUGAAAUUCCCGGCUUGGGUAACUCCGGCUGUCGCGUUCAACAACACGACCAGUCUUCCGCUCCUCUUGAUCGAAUCCCUCCGCUCCACAGGGAUCCUUGAUCGCCUCAUCCUAGACGGAGAUUCUACCGAGAAAGCAAUCAGUCGCGCACAAUCGUACUUCUUGGUGUGUGCCAUUGUGGGGAAUUGUUUUACUUUCGCAAUCGGACCACGCCUGAUAGAUGCUGAAAAUGCUCCAGGCGAGUCUAGCGACGAUGAGGAUGAAGAGGACGCUGAUGGGGCCGAUGAUGACGCGGCAGAACGGGGCUCGAUCAACGAAGGAGAGCUCACAUCCCUCCUGCCCCAUCGUGUGCGGAAAGCUGGCGGGAGGGCACAUCGACAGGUAUUCUUCCUCGGAAAGCAGAACCUGGAGAAGCUGAGUCCCCGAACACAAGAAGUUCUCAUCUUUCUCUUUGAUUUCCUCAAUGCACCACUUCUGGGUGCCGUCAUAGGGGCAAUCAUCGGCCUGACUCCGCCAUUACACCGAGCAUUCUUCAACGACUCCAAUGACGGAGGCUUCCUCAACGCAUGGUUGACGUCGUCUUUGAAGAAAAUCGGCGAGCUGUUCGUCACACUGCAGGUCGUGGUGGUCGGUAUGUCAUUGUCGUCAUCGCUUCGGAAGAUGAAGCGUGGUGAGGAUAAAGGCCUACCUCUCUUGCCAACGGCUUUCGUCAUGCUCAUCAGACUGGUCGUCUGGCCACUGAUCUCCAUCGCCGUCAUUUGGGUGCUCGCCACAAAGACAGAUACACUCCAGCAGGAUCCGAUCCUCUGGUUCACCAUGAUGUUGAUGCCGACGGGACCGACUGCCAUGAAGCUUAUUGCCAUGGCCGAGGUGAAUGGAGCAGAUGAGGAUGACAAAAUGGUCAUUUCCAAGGUCUUGACUGUAAGUUGCAGAGAUUCCCCCAAAUCAAGUGGGCUUGAGUUGGAAACGCCUUCUCUUGCAUGUACAAUCGAACGAGGCUAA